AUGGCUUUCAACCUGACCGCAACGUCUUUGACACCCUCGCGACCCGCACCCCAGGCCCCUCGACGGGGAACGGACGACAGUAGUAACGGCUAUCCUGCCACUUCAAUGCUUGCUUCAUCAGGGUACAAUCCUUCGUUUGCCUUUACCCCUGCUUCCCCGUCAGCUUCAACCUACGCCUCGUCGUAUUCGGGAAUCGGCGGCUCGCCAGGAAUCGGUGGUUCACCCAAUCGGUCGCAAGAUAGCAACGCGUUCGGUGGCUCCCAGAUUGUACGAAAUGGUGUCGUAAGUGUGAAGGAAGAGGGGGCGUUCGCCUGGAUGUGGAAAGUGAAAUGGCUAGUCCUGAAAGAGCAAACACUAUCAAUCCACAAAUCUGAGACUGCCCCUCAGCAAACGCUCAUUCAAUUAUCCGAUAUCUCGAAUAUUGAACGGACCGAUCUUAAACCGUAUUGCCUUCUGCUCGAGACUAAGGAUAAACGAUAUUUCCUAUCCUUGAAGAGCGACGAAGAGCUCUACGGAUGGCAGGACGACGUUUACUCGCGUAGCCCUCUCAUGGGUGUAAGCAAUCCUACCAACUUCGUCCACAAAGUCCAUGUUGGCUUCGAUCCGAUCUCGGGCGCCUUCACUGGUAUGCCGGAGCAAUGGAACAAGCUACUCACCAAAUCUGCCAUCACCCGUGAAGAUUACGCCAAAGAUCCUCAGGCAGUCCUCGAUGUCUUGGAGUUCUACACGGAUCAUCAGAAACGCGAACUCGAAGACAUGGGCGCACCAGCGCGAUUCAAUGCUGGGACUGGGCUCGGCGGAAUGGGUAAAAUGGGGAUCCCGCUUUCAUCGUCUUCAUCUAGUGAUUUGUCUCGUCCAGGCAUGAAACGGCAAGACACCGCUCCUCCUGGGCUUUCUACGAGCGACAACCUUUCCACCGAUGCUGCCCGGGCUGCUGAGUUGGUAAAUGGCUCUCACGUUCAACACGCCAACACCGUCUCGGCCGGCGCUGGCGGACGCCCGCCAAUUCAGCUUUCGUCAUUACAAGCCUCGAGACCUGCUCCCCCUCGUCCCCUCCUUACUGCAAAUCGACCUGCUCCUCCUGCACCUGGACCCUCACUCUCUGCCCCCAAAACAUCUCUCGAUCAUACGCCAUCCUCUGCCGACCUUCGUGCCCGCCAAAAAGCCCACGGACCGCCAACCACUAACCCCCCUGCCACCGCUCUCCCGAUAAGGAAAGAGUCACUGGCAACUCAACAAUCUACCCAACAAUCUUCCAAGGAGCAAGCACAGCGAGAGAAGGAAAGAGCAGACCGGGAAUGGGAGCGGGAGCGGGAGAAAGAAACCACACGGCCGCCUAUGGGGGCCCCUGCUAAGUCUUCCCCUGCCAACACUAAACCUGCGACUCAGCCCGCCUCCGGUGCAGCUGGCGCCACUGUCGGCCCUCCACCAGUCAAACCUUUGCAACCAGCGAAGAAGGUACACAUACAGGCCGAUGAUAAACCCAAGACGGGUGCAAAUGGCAUCGCCGCUGCCGCCGCUGCUCUUGAGAAACCUAAGGAGAAGGAGAAACGUAUCAGCACGAUGACGGAGGUCCAGAUCAUGGAGAAGUUGAGACAGGUCGUUUGUGACGAUGACCCGAAGGCGAUUUAUAGCAAGAUCAGGAAAGUUGGGCAAGGUGCGUCUGGACAUGUAUAUGUCGCCAAGACGUUGGCGACUGGGAAGAAAGUGGCGAUUAAGGAGAUGGAUUUGUCACACCAACCCCGAAAGGAGCUUAUCGUGAAUGAAAUUCUGGUUAUGAAGGAAUCUCAGCAUCCGAAUAUCGUCAAUUUCCUCGAGUCGUACCUCGUCAAAAGCAACGAGCUUUGGGUGGUCAUGGAGUACAUGGAGGGCGGUGCUCUCACCGAUAUAAUCGAGAACAACACCCUAGAAGAGGAUCAGAUAGCGAGUAUAUGUUUCGAGGCAAGCCUGGGACAUUUGCACAGUCAGAGCAUUAUCCACCGAGAUAUCAAGUCAGAUAACGUACUGCUGGAUGCACAAGGCCGCGUUAAAAUUACCGAUUUCGGUUUCUGUGCCAAGCUCACGGACCAAAAGUCCAAGCGUGCGACGAUGGUGGGCACUCCUUAUUGGAUGGCGCCUGAGGUAGUCAAGCAGAAGGAGUACGGUGCGAAGGUCGAUAUUUGGUCCUUGGGCAUCAUGGCGAUCGAGAUGAUCGAGAACGAGCCCCCAUAUCUGGACGAAGAGCCUCUGAAGGCUCUGUACUUGAUUGCAACGAACGGUACCCCGACGCUGAAGAAGCCGGAAGCGCUGAGUAGGGAGCUCAAAGGAUUUUUGGCUGUUUGCCUGUGCGUGGACGUGGCUAGUCGGGCGACGGCAAACGAACUACUUGAUCACGAGUUCUUGCGCAAGGCGUGCGCAUUGUCAGGGCUUGCGCCCCUGCUCAGAUUCAAGACGAAGCAACAAUCAUAA